AUGCACCCAAUUUCACGAGUGACAACCAGGAAAACAGACUUGGAAUCUCGGGUUCAGUGGGGCUGGUCCCGCCUGAGUACGUCCCUCUCCCCCAAGACCACCCCGAAGCAGAGGCAGCAGCAGCGCGUCGCGGGCGCGCGACCAGCGGCCGCGGGAGACGAGGACUCAGUGUUACUUAAGGAUGCGGCUGUGAACUUUAUCCAGGAAGAGUGGGCUUUGCUGGACUUUUCUCAGAGGAGACUCUUCAAAGAUAUGAUGAUAAAAACCUUCAGAAACCUGUACUCAGGUCUUGUGUUGAAGAAUAAAGUCUCAAACGUGAUGGAUAUUUUCACUGCCCUCAUAGACCUUAGAAUCUAGUAGCUUCUCCAUGAAAGUGAAAAAGUUUUCCAAUAGACAAAAGUUGUCCAUGAAGAAUGACUCCUGGUCAUCCACGAUAGGAGUAAUCUGUGAAUUCCAUAACAUUGAAGAUCAGUGCAACAACCAGGGAAAGUCUGUAAGGUAAGUAUCAUUCAUAUGACAGUGAGCAGUUCCUCAGGAGUGAGUUUUCAGCUGUCAUGAUAUUUCUGUGUGUGUGUGUGUGCAUGUAUGUGUGCAUGCAUAAAAUUAGUUCAAAAAUGGUAUGUUCACAUAAUUUUCACAACACAGUAUUUCCAUAAAUGUGAAUCAUAUAUUUAGUAUCUGAGACAUAGUUCACUGGUACACAAUUAUCAGAAAACCCUUUUUAUUUAGAAAGACUGUGACAGUAAUGAUAUCACCUUCUUUGAGGUAAUUCAAACUAUGCAACAUGAGACAACUCAGGGCAAAAAAGACAUAUUCACUGUGUAUGGUAAUUAUGAAAUGUAUCAAAUUUAAUUCUAUCAAUUUGCUGUCUAUAUUUAACAGAAGAUAUAUGGGAGAGAGUCACCAUGAAAGUAAAGAAGGUAUAGUAGAGAAAAAUAAUGAAGGUAAUCAGUAUGGAGAAACUUUCACCAGGAUUGUAGAUCUUACCGGGUUCAAAAGAAUUCCUACUGGAGUAAUUCUUCUGAAUGUUGAGUGUACAGAAAAUCCUUCAUAGGCUUCAUAGACUUUAAACAUCACAUCAGAUCUCACGUUGGAUACAAACCUACCAGUGUAAAGAAUGUGGAAAAGUCUGUGGUUUCCUUCUUACCUAAAACCUUGUGUAAGAACUCUUACUGAAGAGAAACUUUGUAAAUGUAAGAAUUCUAGUGAACCCUGUAGUUGUUCCUCACAUUUCACUAUACAUAUAAGAAUUCAGUGUGGAAAGAGGCCUUAUCAAUGUAAGGGACGUGGAAAAGCCUUUCAUUAUUCCUCACGCCUCACUACACAUAUAAAAAGUCACAGUGGAGAGAGGUCUUAUGAAUGUAAGGAAUGUGGGAAAGGCUUUAGUUCUUCCUCAAAACUCAUUACAUAUAUCAGGGCUCACAGUUCAGAGAGGCCUUAUGAGUAUAAGGAAUGUGGAAAGCCUUUAUUAGUUCCUCAUGCCUCAUUAGACAUAUAAGAACUUAUAGUGGAGAGAAGCUUUAUGAAUGUAAGGAAUGUGGAAAAGGCUUUAGUGACUGUCCAUUCCUUAGUAGACAUAUAAGAAUUCACAGUGGAGAGAGGCCUUAUGAAUGUAAGGAAUAUCGGAAAGGCUUUAGUUGUUUCUAACACCUCACUACAUGUAUAAGUUCUCACAGUGGAGAGAGGCCUUAUGAAUGUAAGGAAUGUGGGAAAGCCUUUAGUCAUUCCUCACACGGUGAAGAGAGGCCUUUUGAAUGUAAGGAAUGUUUGUCAUUCCUCAAACUUCACUAGACAUACAAGUUCUCACAUUUGAGAGAGGACUUACUAAUGUAAGAAAUGUGGGAAUGUCUUCACGUGUCCCUCAUCCUUUGCAACAAUAUACAUAUAGGUAUCAUUGGGUAACAUGCAUCCUUUAUCUUUUCUGAAACCUGAAAAAAGAAAUAUGGCAGAGAAACCAUAUAAGUGUAAGGAAUAUAGGAAAAUUUUUCAUUUUCUUCCCUACUUUCAGUCACAUUCAUGUAUAUGGAAAAGUCUUCCCUAUUUAACUAAUGGAACAUGUGAGAAGUCACACAGAAGAAGUAUCAUGUAAAUGUAAAGUACUAGAGAACAUCAUGUGAGAUAUUACAUUUUGGAUUGAUCCUGUAUAUAUAAAAGGUGGUGAAAGCCUUCAGUGUCCCUCCUCAGGAUGCCUAUGAAACCUCGCACAGUUGAGGUACCCUGUAACUGUCAGCAUUGAGAAAGCCAUCAAUCAUGUAGUUUCUAGAUUUCUGCACAAGGAUAUUUAUACUAGGGGAGGAAUCUUAUCAGAUGUCCAAAUGUGAAAAUUACCACUGCUUUAUACCCAUGUGCAUUAAUUUCUACUUUUUAUUUUCUGUUAAACAUUCAGGUGAUAAAUAUUCCCCUAAGAUUCCUUUCAGUCCUAUUCUAGGUCAUACAUUUUUAUAAGUGUUGUUUGCAUUUUGUUCCAAUUUAUAUAAAAAUUCUCAUUAGAAAGUUUAUCAGUAUGUGGUUGUUUUGAAGUAUGUGUUUUCUUUUCAUCAACAAAGUCAUGUUUUAAUAUUUUUCAGUACAAAGCAGCAUGCCCUAAUUGUAGAAAAUUUGAUUUGAACUGAAAAUUACAUGUUAAAAAUAUCACUUAGGAUAUCACAACUCUUGGCGUUUUGUUUGAUUUUGCAGCCUUUCAUUACUACAAAUAAUGGCUUUAAUAUAAUCGGGAUUGUACAGAAUGUUUAGCGUGCUAGUGUAAUUUUUUGCAUUGCAUAUCAUUUCUUUCUGAAUAUUAUCAGGAUACCUGGUUUACUGAUGAUUAAACUGCACAGAAAGUUUUAACCCAAAAUCAUCCCACAGAAGUGCCCUCCUCUGAAAUGGUGGUGUAAGAAUCAGGGUUUGCAUGGAUAGUUGACUCAUUCUGGGACCCUAGGCAAUGGUAUGACAUAUAGAGCCCCACCAUGACCUACCUGCUGUGGAUCUUCUUUCCCAUGCACCCACAGAGCCUGUGCUCAGUCACAGAGUCCUGUUUUUGGUAAUUCUGACCAUCCGUGUGUCUCUCAGUUUGUCAUACUGUGGGAGCUUGCAUGUUGCCAGGAUACUGGAAGUUUUGCCACUGGUAUUUCAAAUACCAGCAGGGUCACCCUAGGUAAACAGAUUGCAACAGAACUUCCAGAAUAAGACAGACUAGGAAGAAGACCUGGCAGGCUACUUCUGAAAAAAUUGCCAGUGAAAACCUUAUGAAUAACAACAGAACAUUGUCUGAUACAGUCCCAGAAGAUGAGACGCUCAGGUUGGAAGGCAGUCAAAAUAUGACUGGGGAAGAGUUGCCUCCUCAAAGUACAGUUGACCUUAAUGAUGUGGAUGGAGUCAAGCUUUUGGGACAUUCAUUUGCCAAUGUGACACUACUCAAAAUGAGAACAAAGAGCUGCAAACAUCUGUUAAUAAUCAGAAUGUGGAAUGUACAAAGUAUGAAACUAAGAUAAUUGGAAGUUGUCAAAAAUGAAAUGGAAUGUAUAAACAUUGAUAUCCUAGGCUGAAAUGGACUGGUAUCGGCAUUUUGAAUCAGACAAUCAUAUGCUCUAUCAUGAUGGGAAUGACAAGUUAAAGAGGAAUGGUGUCACGUUCAUUGUCAAAAAGAACAUUUCAAGAUCUAUCCUGAAGUAUAACACUGUCAAUGGUAGAAUAAUAUCCAUACACCUAUAAAGAAAACCAGGUAAUAUGACUAUUAUUCAAAUUCACGCAGCAACCACUAAGACCAAAGAUGAAGAAAUUGAAGAUUUUUACUAACUUCUGCAGUCUGAAAUUGAUCAAAUAUGCAAUCAGGAUUCAUUGAUAAUUACUGGCAAUUGGAAUUCAAAAGUUGGAAACAAAGAAGAAGGAUUCGUACUUGGAAAAUACGGCCUUGGUGAUAGAAAUGAUGCCAGAGAUCUUAUGAUAGAAUUUUGCAAAACCAAUGACUUCUUCAUUGCAAAUACCAUUUUUCAACAACAUAAACCAGGACUAUACACGUGGACCUCAUCAGAUAGAAUACACAAGAACCAAAUCAACUACACCUGUGGAAAGAGAUGAUGGAGAAGUUCAAUAUCAUCAGUCAGAACAAAGCCAGGGGCCAGCUGGACCAGACCAUCAAUUGCACAUAUGCAAGUUCAAGUUGAAACUGAAGAAAAUUAGAACGAGUCCACAAGACCCAAAAUACGACAUUGAGUACAUCCCACCUGCAUUUAGAGACCAUCUCAAGAAUAGAUUUGACACAUUGAACACUAAGGACCAAAGGAGGAGUUGUAGAAUGACAUCAAGGACAUUAUAUGUGAAGAAAGCAAGAGGUCAUUAAAAAAGAAAAUACCAAAAUGGAUGUCAGAAGAAACUCUGAAACUUGCUCUUGAACAUAGAGUAGUUAAAACAAAGGGAAGAAAUGAAGAAGUAAAAGAGCUGAACAUAAGAUUUCAGAGGGCUGCUCAAGAAGACAAAGUUAAGUACUAUAACGAAAUGUGCAAAGACCAGGAGACAGAAACCAAAAGGGAAGAACAUGUGUGGCAUUUCUCAAGCUGAAAGAACUGAAAAAAAUUUCAAGCCUCGAGUUGUAAUAUUGAAGGAUUCUACGGGAAAAAUAUUAAAUCACACAGGAAGCAUCAAAAGAAGAUGGAAAGAGUACACAGAGUCACUGUACCAAAAAGAAUUUGUUGACGUUCAAUGAUUCAGGAGGUAGCAUAUGAUUAAGAACUGAUGGUACUGAAGGAAGAGGUCCAAGCUGCACUGAAGGCGUUGGCAAAAAACAAGGCUCCAGGAAUUGAUGGAAUACCAAUUGAGAUGUUUCAACAAAUGGAUGCAGCUCUGGAAGUGCUUAAUUGUGUAUGCCAAGAAAUUUAGAGGACAGCUACCUGGCCAACCAGCUGAAAGAGACCCAUACUUGUGCCCACUACAAAGAGAGGUGAUCCAACAGAAUGCAGAAAUUAUUGAACAAUAUUGUUAAUAUCAUACAAAAGUAAAACUUUGGUGAAGAUCAUUCAAAAGCAGUUGCAGUAGUACGUUGACAGAGAAUUGCCAGAAAUUCCAGCUGGAUUCAGAAGAGGAUGUGGAUCCAGGGAUAUCAUUGCUGAUGUCAGAUGGAUCCUGGCUAAAAGCAGAGAAUACCAGAAAGAUUUUUACCUAGGUUUUGACUAUGCAAAGGCAUUCAACUGUGUAGAUCAUAACAAAUUAUGGAUAACAUUGCAAAGAAUAGUUAUUCCAGAACAUUUAAUUGUGCUCACGAGGAACUGUACUCAGACCAAGAGGCAGUAGUUUGAACAGAACAAGGGGAUACUGCAUGGUUUAAAAUCAGGAAAAAUGUUAAAGUUGUAUUCUUUCACCAUAUUUAUUCAAUCUGUAUGCUAAGCAAAUAAUCCGAGAAGCUGGACUAUCUGAAGAAGAACACUGCAUCAAGAUUGGAUGAAGACUCCUUAACAACCUGCAAUAUACAGGUGAUAUAACCUUGUUUGCUAAAAGUGAAGAGGACUUGAAGCACUUACUGGUGAAGAUCAAAGACCACAGCCUUUAGCAUGGAUUACACCUUAACAUAAAGAAAACAAAAAUCCUCACAACUGGACCAAUAAGCAACAUCAUGAUAAACAGAGAAGAGACUGAAGUUGUCAAGGAUUUCGUUGUACUUGGAUCCACAAUCAACACUCAUGGAAGCAGAAGUCAAGAAAUCAAAUGAGGCGCGUUGCAUUGGGCAAAUCUGCUGCGAAAGGCCUCUUUAAAAUGUUAAAAAGCAAAAAUGCCACUUAAAGGCCUAAGGUUCACCUGAUCCAAGCCAUGAUGUUCUCAAUUGCCUCACAGGCAUGCGAAAGCUGGACAAUGAAUAAGAAAGACCGAAGAAUAAUUGAUGCCUUUGAAUUAUGGUUUGAUGAAGAAUGUUGACUAUACCAUGGACUGCCAGAAGAAUGAACAAGUCUGCCUUGGAAGAAGUACAGCAACAGUGCUCCUUAGAUCCGAGGGUGGUAAGACUUCUUUUCACACACUUUGGACAUGUUACCAGGAGGGACCAGUCCCUGGAGAAGACAUAAUGCUCUGUAAAGUAGAGGUUAGCAAAAAAGAGGAAGACCUUCAAUGAGAUGGAUUGACACAGUGGCUCUAACCAUGGGCUCAAGCAUAAGAAUGAUUGUGAGAAUGGCACAGGACCAGUCGGUGUUUUUUUUCUGUUGUACAUAGGGUUGCUAUGAGUCAGAACUGAUUCAACGGCACCUAACAACAGAUGGACUAUGGACCAAGACAAGACCUGAGGCUGCACUCGCUGGGCUGCACUGGAACGGUAACCUCUGAUCCUCCUGGUGUACACACCCAUGACAGCCUGGACAAGGUGGGAGCCCAGGUAUGGUUACUUAAUUGUGGUGAUAACAAAAGGGGUUCUUAGGCCUGGAGGUUUAUUUAGUGCCACUGUGCCCCAGGCUGCUUCACUAACUCCUCAUGUAAGGUGCCUGGCAGAUGGUUGCUGCUGGUAGCAGAAGCCUUCAAAUUAGAGUUUCCCUUGACCCAGCAAUUACCCUUGUAGAGUCAUCUUGUGGAACUCCCUGGGCACUAAAACGGCGCCUGGAUAGUGGAAAGCAUGAUAGAUAGUGGAAAGCAUGAAAGUCAGUGUCUAACAGGAAGGAAUUCGUUAGAUAAAUGACUGGCUGCACAGCAGGGUAUUGUACUGCCACCUAAAGGAGUUUUUUUUCAAAGUUUGGAAAGUCAUUCACUUUUGGGAUGGGAGUUGAGAAAUUCAUUAACCUUACACUCAGUAGCAUAAUCAAAGUUCUGAACAGUACCUGUCUUCUUUCUAAAAAUCUCCCUCAUGCUGCCUCUUUUUAGUCAAACCUCUAAAAGCCCCUAUGCGAAUCAUGCAGUAUGUUGCUUUUUGAUCCUUUCACUUAGCAUGAUAUAUUUGAGAAUCAUCUGCACUGAUGAACGUAUUGAUAGUUUGUCGUUUUCUUUUUUUUGCUAUUCAGUAUUCCAUUGUAUAUACACACUGUAGUUGUGUUUUCACCAUGUGGAGGAUAUUUGCAUAUCCCCUUGUUAUGAAUAAAGCUGUUAAACCAUUCUUUCAUAGGUUUUAUGUCAACAUAAUUUUUAAAUUUUUCUUGCAUAUAUCCCUAAGAGUGGGAUUGCUGUCAUAUGGUAAGUUAUGUUUAACUUUUUUAAGAAACUGGCAAACUUUUUUAAAGAGGCUGUGCCAUUUAAUAUUCCUAAAGUAACCUAUUCUGCCCGUUUCUGUUGGGAUCUAGAGAGGCUCUUUUCUAGGGGAAUUAACACACUUCUGUUUUGCAGGGGAGGUGUUCGGGUGGUGACUCAUCUGACAAGCAGCCCCACGUUGGCUGAGCAGAGGGGUUGACACGUACCAGUAUCAGUUAGACCUCAGGCCCAUAUUUAUCAAGCUCCACUGCUGCAGCCAGCUUAGUCUGAGACCAGGGCCAGACAGUCUUUUGUGGAAAAUAGUUUCUCUUCAGGUCCCAGCUGUAGGAUGUGGCUGCUGUGCCUCUUUACCACAAUGCCAGAGGCUGUCGCCAUUACUACACUCCUGACGUGGUAACUGGAAAAAAAAAAAAAAACUAGUGCCAUCGAAUAGGUGUGCAAAUCUGCUCACUCCCUCCACCUCUGCCGGCUGUGCAGAUGUUGACAUGUCAGAGGGUGAGGAUCCAUAUAGGUGGUGAUCUUGGGUCAAAGGUCACAGGUUCACGGCUCAUUCCUGAUUGAUUCACCCUCAGUGGGUGUUCAAGAGCCAUAGCCACUUCUCCAAGAGUCCAGGUCUUUUCGUCCACUUCUCCAAGAGUCCAGGUCUUUCCGUCCACGCCGGCUUGUUGCUUACCCUAAAGUGCUGGAAUCAGCUGUCUGCGUGGUGCUUGAGUCCUUGAGAAGAGGGGGGUCAGCUAAUGUGGAUGGGGCUUUUUCAUUUGCUGUGCUCUCCCCUCCCAAAGCCUUCAAAGCAACAUUUGUGUCCUGUCUCCAGAAGGAAAAAUUUAUUUCCACAUUUUGUAUCAAGGAAACUGUCCCCAGUCUUGUCCUUUCCUCCUCAACUGGCGAUUCUAGCAUAUUCUGGUAACACUGGGUAUAAUUUCCCUGUCUUUGGGUGUUGGUUAUUUAUUUUGAUAAAUUAUAUUCAGGUGAAAAGAGAAUCUUUUUCAGGUUAUUAGGGAGCCCAUACAUCUAACAUAAGUAAAUCUAUGAGUGUGUGAAUGAAUAUAAAUACAAACCGAUCACGAAGAAAAGCUCUACAUUCAGUAUGCAGAUUGAAUGAGUCAGGGUCCAUGCCUUGCACCAGAACCAGUUGACUAAAUGCAUAAAAUUCUUUGAAGAAAAUAUAGAGUGUGGCUGUGGAGCCUAGUUUUUACCUAUGGAUUAGAAAGGACAACAAAAGCACAAGCAGCAAAAGACAAAGUAGAUAAAUGGGACCUUAUAAAGGUUAAAUACUUUUGUUCAUCAAAAGACUUUUCAAAAAAGUGAAAAACCCGCCAGAGCUUAAAAAUAUAAAAGUGCGUAAGAAGUACGAGAAUGCAAGACUAUAGACUGAAAGAAAAUUUCCAGAAACCAUAUAUCUGAUAAGGGUCUAAUAUCCAAAAUAUAUUAAAAAUUUCUAUAACUUAAAUAGAAAGAUGAACAACCCAGUAAAAAAACAGAAAACAAAAUACUGGCAAAGAUAGGAAAAAAUUGAAACCCUUAUCCAUUGAUGGUGGGAAGACAAACUGGUAUAGCCACUCUGGCAAAGAGUUUGGCAGCGUCUGAAAAAGUUAAACCAUACUACCAUGUGAGCAAGCAGUUCCACUUACAGGGGUAUACCCGAGAGACUUGAAAGUACUGAAGGAAACAAACACAAGUACACCACUGUUCAUUGCAGCACUAUUCAUAAUAGCCAAAAGUUGGAAACUACCUAAUAUCUAUCGGCAGAUGAAGAGAUCAACAAAAUUUGGCACAUACAUACAAUGGAAUAUUACUGAGCCAUAGAGAAAAAUAAAGCCUUGAAACAUCCUGAGUGAAAGAAGUUAAUCACAAAAGGACAAAUAUUGUAUUAUCUCACUUAUAUAAAAUAAUAAGAAAAGGUAAAGGUAUAGAGACCAAUGUUUAUGAGUGUUUAUCAGGCCAUGGGGAAAGAGGGAGCCAUGGUGUAGGAAGCAGUGAGGGAUUGAUUAUGCGUGAUGAUUGCACGUGAUUAAUAUAAUUAAUAUCACUAAACUGCACACCUGAAAAAAAUAUUAAAUUGCAAAUGUUGUUACAUACAGUUUUUUGUAAAGAUAAGGGGAAAAACUUCUACUCACCCUUGUUCUCGUAUCUUCUCUAACUCCUCACUUCCAGAUUGCUGAAAGUCCCCCAGAGCUUUAAAAUAUAAGUGUAUGAGAAGAGAAUGCAAGUUUAUUUUUGUCAGUAGCAGAAGUUGGAAUUUAGUUUACCCUAAAGAAAGCCUGUAGUUCUAGUAAAAGGAGCACACAUAACCCUUGACUUAGAUUCACCAGUCUUAAGAUUUUGCCUCAUCUAUCAAUAUAUCAAUGCAUUAUUACAAUGAAACAUUUAAUGGUUAAUUGCAGACAUACAUUUCACCCUUUAAUAUUUAGCAUCUAUUUCCUAAGAAUAAGGACGGUCAACAAAACGAAAGUAAAUCUUCAAUGUCCCACACAAGAAGACGUCUCCAGUUACCUAUUGUUGUUACUAGGUUUUUUGAAGGUAAAAUCUAAACAAGAUUUACACAUUGCCUUUUUACUUUUAGAUCUCUGUAGUCUGUUUUACAUAGUAUAUUUGCCUUCAGUUUUGUUUUGUUUUAAUAACAUUGACUCUUGAAUAUUACAGGUAAGUCAUUUUCUGGUAAAAUAUCAACAUUCCAAUGGUUUUCUCAUGAUUUUUAAAAUUAGUUUGUCUCCUGUAUUUCUUGUAAAGUGGACGUUGGGACUAGAGCGGUACUGUUUAAUACAAAUGUAAUGCAAGCCACAGAUGGAAUUUUAAAAAAUUUAGUAGCAAUAUGAGAAAAUGAUACAUGUAAACGUGAAUUUUUUUUUUAAAUGGUAUACCUUACUUAAACCCAAUAUAUCUAGUUAUUAUGAAUGUAAAAAUUUGUUAGUGGAAUUAACAACUAAAUUAUAUGGUCAAAUGAGUUCCUUUCUGUGGCCUUUUGCCUUGGUUCUUUGAGAAAAAGUUUGAGAGAUUUUUCCCCUAACCCCUUUGCCCUAAUUUUCUACCCUAGAGGGUGUGUUGCUUUUGUCCAGGUUGAUUGACAUUUCUUGGGUAAGCUGUAAACAACUUGUGGUUUUGAUACUUUUUGCCUGUACCUGGGCUGCAGCCUGCCCUGUGAUUGACAUGCACCUUGCAGGGACUCAUCACUAGACUAUGCAAAUGAAGUUACUAUAAACUAUGCAAAUGAAGUUACUAUGGCCUAGUAUGCAAAUAUAGUAUCUGUGGCCUACUGAGAGGGCAUUGGUAGUAGGACCAUGCCUUAAUAUUGACAAGGGGUUUGUGGAUACAAGCAGCCAAUUCCACAGAGGUUUUUCAGACAGGAAACAAAAGCAGAAGAGAGAAGAAGCAGAGAAAGAAGAGGCAAGGAACCUCCUAAAAGAGCUGUAACAUGGGUCAAAGACUGUAACUUGUAAGUUAGCAAAAGGCCCACAAGGGGCCUUGUGGCAGAGCUGAUGGCACAGAGGCCAAAGGCAGAAAGGCCUGUCCUCUAGGAUCCAAGAGGAGGCCUCUACCGAGGGGGCACGCACAGCAGAGAGAAGGGCCUGCUUGCUUGCACGGCCAAGAGGAGCUGAGAGAGCUGCCCUGCACCAAAGAAGGGAUAAAUGUGCUCUCCACUUCCAGACCUUGCCUGCAUGCUUCCUGAUCCUGAGUUGUAGCCUGUUGAUCCUGAUCCGAAGUUGUACCCUGUUACUUCCUUAAUAAACCACUUAGCUAUAAGUAUGGUCUGCAAGUUCUGUGUGGCUGUUGCAAUGAAUUAUCAAACCCAGAAGAGAAGCAGAGAGUGCCGUGGGAGGGACGGCUGGUCUUGGAAUUGGUAAAAAGUUUGGACAGUGGAGGUAUGUCUGACCCCCACCUUACAGGGAUCAGCUCAACGUGGAUGGAAAUUUUUCAUUGGAAUUGUUUUUUUUUGUAAUAAGUGUCUCUAACAUUUAUUUCUUAAUAAUAAAUUUUCUUGACAGACAUGAUCUGUCUGAUACACUAAAAAAAAAAAUCACUGCAGUCGCACAGCACAGAGUGAUUUAUUUAUUUUUGCUGCAAAGACUUGUUUUCUUUUUUUUAAUUGUUCUUUACAAUUUACAGAACAAGGUUUUACAGAAGGUUUAUAGAACAAACUAGUUUCUCAUUAAACAGGUAGUACACAUAUUGUUUUAUGACAUUGGUUAACAACCCCACAGCAUGUCAUCACUCCUCCUUCUCAACCUUGGGUUCCCUAUUACCAGCUUUCCUGUUCCCUCCUGCCUUCUAGUUCUUGUCCCUGGGCUGGUGUGCCCCUUUAGUCUCAUUUUGUUUUAUGGGCCUAUCCAGUCUUUGGCUGAAGGGUGUCACUGGAAUUUCUCUAUCAGUAUUUACAUUUCAUAGAAUUAACUAUUGAAAAAGUAGAUUCAUGAACCAAGUUUAUGCCAAACAUACUUUUCCCAUAAUUGAAUCAAAUUUACUGUUAAAUGAAUUUGAAAUUAAAUAAAAAUAAGAAUUGAAUUUGCACUAGCCACAUUUCAGGUUCUCAAUAGCCCCAAGAUGUUAGUAGUUAACUAUGUUAGACUGUGCAGGGCUAGAGGAUUUAAAAUUUCCUAGGUGAUGUUGUCUAAUUCAUGUUGUAUGCUAAUAUGCAUUGCCAUCACAUCAAUUCCGACUCAUAGUGACCCUAUAGGACAGAGUAUAACUGCCCCAUAGAGUUUUCAAGGAGUAGCUGGUGAAUUUGAACUGCCAACCUCUUGGUUAGCAGCCUAGUGCUUAACCACUGCACCACCAGAUUCAUCCAUGGUAUGUUUCAUGGACUCUUCAUUCUUUAUCAUUACAUAGUAUUCCAUUAUAUGUGUGUACCACAUUUUGUUUAUCCAUUCAUCCAUUGGUGGACAGUGUUAUGUGAUUUUCCUAUGUGUUGUAAAUCCUACCUCUAUGAUGUUGAUGAAGUGGGAUAGGUGGCAGUUAUGUUAAUGAGGCAGGUCUCAAUCUACAAGGUUGGACUGUGUCUUGAGCCAAUCUCUUUUGACAUAUAAAAGAGAGAAGCAGAGAGACAGGGGGACCCCGUGACACCAAGAAAGCAGUGCCAGGAAGAGAGCACAUCCUUUGGACCCGGGGUUCCUGCAUGGAGAAGCCCCUAAUCCAGGGGAAGAUUGAUGACAAGGACCUUCCUCCAGAACCAACAGAGAAAGCCUGCCCCUGGGGCUGACACCCUGAAUUUGGAUUUCUAGCCUGAUAGACGGAAGGAAUAAACUUAUGUUUUUUAAAGUCAUCCAUUUGUGGUAUUUCUGUUACAGCAGCACUAGAUGACUAAGACUCUUAGGGACUGUAGGUGCCCUACCAGAUGGCCCAGUGCAGGAUUGCCAUCUUGAGAUGAAGCAAACAGCCUUCUUGAAUUAGGAGCACAGGAAGGUAACUUCAUGGAAUCCUCAGUAGGAGACAGAUACUGUGUAGACAAACCUGGAGAAAGCAAGGUGAGCAGAACUUGAAAUAGGUCUAAGGAGGAAAAGUGCAGGUAAGUGGGCAAGAGCCCUAGGGAUCCAGAGCAGGAAGGGAGCCAGAAAAUAAGGACAGAACUACUCACCAGCCAUGGUCCCUAAUAACUUGGGUGGGUGUCUCUGGGAGAGCGGAGGAUCCUUGGAGGGACGUCUAGGGAUCCCCCACACAACCAACUCCAGACAACACCUCUCCUUCACAUUUGGUUGGGGUUGGGUCCUGAUCACUGACUGUCCUCUGCAGAGAGUGCCU